AUGGACGCCAUCUCCUGCCUGACGCCGCCGCCGGCCGCGCUGCUGGCGACCUCCUACACGGACGCCGCCAUCGCGCGGGCGCUCCACUUCUCCACCACCACCACCAUGUCGCCCGACUCCUCCGCCUCCUCCCUCUCCCACCACCACCACUCGCCCCUGCUCAGCGCCCUCGCCGACCUCCCGUCGCCCUACUACGUUCCGCCUCCGCAGAUCACCGGCGUGCAGGCGGACGCGUCGUCGGCCGGCGAUGACGUGUCCGGAGUGGAGGUGAUGAUGCUCCAGAUGCAGGCGACCGCGACGCUCGACGCAGCCGCGCUGCUGGCCGCCGCCGCCGCCGGGAACCCGCAGCUGCUGCCGGCGGGCGACGAGGCGUCGGCGCUUCGUCAGCACCAGCACCAGCUCCAGCAGCAGCAGCCGUGCUUCCCCACGCUGGACUCGUGGAACGUCAUGUACGAGACCAACAGCGCGGAGAUGCUGUGA